AUGCAUCCAUUAUGUCUUAUGAAAGGAGGGUUGAGAUUGAUUAAACCACCAAAAGAAGAGUUAUGGUGGGAUGCCAAAGAGAUCCAUUUGAUGGAUAAUAAAUUAUCUGACCUACCAGAAUCUCCAACGUGCCCCUCACUAUUUAAACUGUACCUUCAGAAGAACUUGGAUCUGAUGGCUAUCCCAUCUUGUUUCUUCAAGCACAUGCCUCUCCUUGAAAUUCUAGACUUAUCACACACCAGUAUCAAAUCUUUGCCAGAGUCGCUUUCUAGUUUGGUUAAACUUCGAGAAUUCCUUUUGAAAGGCUGUGAACUCUUCACACAACUCCCUAGUCAUGUUGGAGAACUGAAGAAUCUUGAGAAGCUUGACCUUGAUGGAACUCAGAUUAUAGAUCUCCCAGCAGAGAUUGGACAUCUUUCCAAAUUAAAAAUUUUGAGGGUCUCAUUCUAUGGAUAUAUGAACUGCAGCAAAACAAUGUUGCGGCGAGAUACAAUAAUUCCCCAUGGAACAAUAUCAGGUUUUUUUGAAUUAACUGAAUUAAGCAUUGAAGUUGAUCCGGACGAUGAACGCUGGCAUGCAACUGUGAAAGCUAUUAUUGAGGAAGCUUGCAACCUGAAAACUUUAAGACAGCUUAAUUUGUACUUGCCAAACAUCGAAAUAUUGUGGAAAUGCAGAACACGUAGCACAUCAUUGCUCCAUUACCCCUUGCCACGUUUCAGAUUUACUGUCGGUUAUCACAAACAACAGGUUGUAUCUCGAGUACCAGAAGAAGUUGAAGCUCACUUCGAUAAGGGUGACAAAUGCUUGAAGUUUGUCAAAGGCAAGGAUAUCCCAGCUGAAAUGAGAAUGGCACUCAACCACAGCACAGCUUUUUUCCUGGAAGGUCAUGCUACCGCUACUAGUUUGUCUGAUUUUGGAAUUGAAAAUUCAAGGCAGUUAAAAUUUUGUUUACUGACAGAAUGUAAUGAAGUGCAAACCAUAAUUGAUUGUGCAGAGUUUCCUGAAGAACAAACUGAUGCACUUGGAAAUCUACAAGACUUGAAUAUAUAUUACAUGAAGAAUUUGAGGAGCAUUUGGAGGGGAACUGUUCAUAAGAACUGGUUAGCUAGCCUGAAGUUCCUUGCACUUCAUAAAUGCCCCAGAUUGAGUACCAUUUUUACACCAGAUCGGAUUGCUAAUCUUGCCAGUUCAGAAGAGGUUAUCGUUGAACACCGCCCUCAACUGACUAGUCUAGCGAGCCUAAUAGGUCGUGCGUCUUGUAACUCAGCACCACAACCAAAUUGUUUUCUUCCAAGCUUGAAAAGAAUAUCACUGCUUUACGUACGAAAACUUAUUAGCAUCUCUAGUGGUUUGCACAUUGCUCCAAAACUGGAAAAAGUAGGAUUCUACAAUUGCCUGAAGCUUAAGAGUCUUUCUACGAUGGAAAUGUCAAGUGAAAAUUUGAAGACUAUACUUCCCACUGUUCAUGAUUUAAGUGAUUGGUCUUGGACAAACUGUAUUUCCAAGAGCCCAGGAGCUAAAUGUGGAACUAUGACUGGAACAGGUUGUAUGAUUGUGUCUCAGUAUGCUUUGUUUAUGUUCGUUUGUGAUGUCUGGAACAGGUUGGUUCUGGUUGAUGGUUUGCUUUAA